AUUCUUCCUAUCACCCCAAACUUGCUGAUUAAUUGUGCAAUUAUUAAAAGUCAUGCAAAUGAUCAUUUAUUUUGAGUGGUGGUUGUACCACCGAGCAGAUGCUUUCUUCCACAGAGAUUUAUUACAAGAUUAAAAAGAGGCGGCCGAACAAAAGUGAUAUUUAACAUUUUUGACAAUUAUUAUUUAUUCUGACAUUUGUCUACAAUUUUAUUCCAUUUCAUUAUCGAUUUUUACAAUCAAAAUGGCACCGAAACGUGUUUCAAAAGUAUCUGCAAAGGAACCAGGCAGUAAAGAACUACUGACAUCCGUGGACAAAGCUUUUUACGAGCUGGAACUGCAAGCAAUCCGCAACAAAAUCGAACGUUUGCAAAACUUUAACGCAGAAAAGGAAAAGCAGAAUGUCGAGCUGGUUGAAUCGAAUGCCAAACGUGAGGAAGAACGCGCUGAAAAUAUUUCCGCUGUGAAGAAUAUGCUUCUUCAAAAAGAGGAGGAUGUCCAGGCAUUAACUGAUCAUUUAGAGGAACUUCGCGCAUUGCAAGCUGAAGAACGCAUUUUUUAUAGUCAACAAUUAUUCGAAAUGGAAGCAGUUGUAUCAAAAAAACGUGAAGCUAUCGUUGCGGAAAUCAAAGAAGUUCAAGGCAAGCUUAAUUCAUUAGAAGAAUUUCGCGUACAGAAAGAUGAAUUGGUUAAACAAUACGAAAAACAAGUUGAUGAGAUGGAAAAGGCAGAAACAGCCCACAACCGAGAGAUUUACCAAAUAGAAAAAAAAUUUCUUAAAUCAAAAGAUCAUUUAAAGAGAGAAAUGAUUGAACGUUUGGUUACGCUAUCAAUGCAAUUCCAAGAUGUCACUGACACACGUGUUGCAGACACUACACAUAGGACAAUACGAGAGAAUAUAGCUAUCAAUAAUGAUCUCAACAUGUUGGUCGAAACCGAAGUGAAUUUAAAGUCUGAAAGCGAGGCAUUUAUAAAUCGUGCAAAGUUCUUCAAACGAUCCAUGCGAGUUUAUGAGGAGACAAAAGUCGAGAGCGCUUUCAAAUGGAUCACACAAAGAGACAUCAUUCAGGAAGUAAGUAAUAAACAUGCUAAGGUUACAGAGGAAGCUAAGAACUACGAAGUAGUCGAUGAAGCCUGCGGUUUCUACGAGCAAGAAUUGAAGGAGCUGGAACAUGCCGCGGAGAAAGAACGCAUGGCUGUUCAGAUCCUCGAACAGAACUUUCAAAAUGUCCGUACUAACAAUGAACUCAACGAAACAAGGUAUCAAGAAAUAAAACACCGAACCAAAUCUUUACUACAAACAAUUUUGCAUAUCACGCAUAAAAUUCGAGAGGAAUGGAUCACACCUUUUGAAUUAUUCCGUCAACAUGGUUUCCUGGACGUGGAAGAUGAUCUCACAUUACCAGAAAAACAAGCGAAUUUAAUCAAUUUUAUUUUGGAAGAAAUUGAAAAAUUUCCAGUCUGCAAAUGCCUGCUCUAUCAAAAUUCAAUUGUCUCCUGUGCUAAUUUCUACCAAGAAGGUGAAUUGGGUACCACACCAAAAUACGUUGAACCACGAUCAGAAUAUCCUGUUCGGAGACAUGUGGGAACACAAGUGACACAAGAAGAUGUGCAGGAACACGUUGAACCUGAUUCCAAUGAAAUUGAAGAAGAAGAAAUCAUUGAAGAGGAAGAGGAGGAAGAGCCUGAAUUAGAUGAAGAAAUGAGUCAGGUGUUGUUCAGUGCUUCACAGAGUGAGAUUAGUAGUUGUUCUAGUAGAAACAGUUUAAGGGACUUUACUAAAGUACAAAUAGAAGAAGCUGCUGUUGAAUGUGAAAGUGAAGAAGAAAUCACUCCUGCGUUGAAUGAAUCACCAUCAACAACUACCGAGAGUAGUUAUAGUGGUGUAUCUUCAGCUUCCAGCUCAACAGAUUAAAUUAUUAUGAAGCAUUUAUAAAUAAAUUAUUAGUAAAUUAAA